GUUACAUCAACGAACUAAAAUUAGUUUACCUACUAUUUUUUCAUCCAAAGAGUUAUAAAACUCAAUUUGUAUUUAAAUUUUUGUAUUAAUAACAACACAAAAUAACAUUGGUUAUGGCAAUACAAAAUCAAGAAAUCAAAUUAAAAUGAUUAAAAAUUAAAUUGCAAGUGUGAGUUUAAUUUACCACAAUGUUGAGUAACGAUAAACAUCUCCACAACACAAGAAUUGAUAAAACAUUGCUCAACCAUAUUAAAUUGGGGUGUAAUAACCUUUAUAUAAAACAUUUAAUUGCAUACAUUAGUGGAAAAGAUGAAGUAAUACCAUAUAGUAACAGUGACCUUGAACGAUAUUGUGCUUCAGUUCCCAACAAUCUAUUAGAACAGUUCAAAUUACACAAAGAAGUUAACUUUGAUUUAAAUACCAUGUAUUUGGUGGUUCUUAUUACACAUGUUUUGAAAAAUGAUACUCGAAAUGAUAAUAUAUUAGCAGCCGGGGAAUUCUUUAUGAGUGAAUUACUUCAAGUUAAAGAAGAGAUUCCACAAAAAACGUUCGAUACAUUACUUGUGAAAAUAUUAGUUAGAUUAAGUGAAGAAUAUAGAAUUUCUAAAGACACCUUGAUGCGUGUCUGUGCGUUCAUAAAUUUUGUAGAGUAUGAUUUGAGUGAAUGUAUCGAAGAAAUACUUAUGUUUUUACAAAGUAUCAUUGGAAAAAGCAAAGAUAUUAUUGUUAUUGACUUAGAAAAUGGAUUAAGAAAUGACACAAACGAAGCUAAUAUAGCAUUCAACACAUUACAUAAUUUAUUUCAAAAAUUUGAUUCUCAAGAAAUAAUUAUUUCAAACAUGUUUCAAUGCGCCUUAAUUGUAUUUUGUAAAAAUGAGUCUGCUUUAAACGCAAAAGAAAACUUCUUGAAAUUUUUUAAACACUUUUUAUAUCAUUUUCAUACAUACUCUUGGUUUAAAAAGAGGUUUUUUAGAGCGCUGAUUACUAUUAAGGAUCCAAUGAUAACCGUCAAAUUGUUAAAGCUUUGCGAAAAAGACGUUUAUAACUCCCUAAUUGGAGGUUUGAUUAAUUACUACAUUACCGGUCCUUCUAAAUACCGCCCGUAUCUACAAGCAACAAUGAGUUUGAUUAUAAGUAAUCCUUACAAAAAGGAUGCUUACAAUGAUCCGUGUCGACAAGCGAUUGUCAAUAGAAUCGUCCAUGAAAUAUCUUUAAGGUUGGGAAAUUCUGAUGUCAGUGAAAAAGAAGAUAUUAUGAGUACCUUCAUUCAAUGGUACGAAUCGAAGGAUAUCAAUCUAAGGAGAACACUGCAACAAAUGUACAAUGAUAAUGAAGAAACCACCAAGAAAAUAUCAGCAAAAAAAUUAAUAUCCAUUCUAGAACCCGUGGUAGAUAUAUAUUGGCAAAAUGAAAGAUUCAACAUCUUAUUUAUAAAAUUAAUCCUCUCUAUUUUCCAUUCGAAACCGCAAUACACCUUUAAUCGAUCCGUCAGAAUGAUUGAAAGAUUAUGUUUGACUGCAAUGGCUUGGCAAGUUGAAGAUUGCCUUCCUUAUUUCACGAAGGUUAUCAUAAAAUGCGUCGACAACAACGUUCCAAUAUUAAAACCUUUAUUAGCGAUUUUAGUAAAUUUUGCUUUAAUACAAACAGAAACUGCAAAAAAAUUUUUAUUUGAAAUUCACGACUUGAUUAAAAACGCCUUCGUUAAAAACGAAGACGCUGAUGUUGAAUUUGCGGUGAUAUCCGUGUUAAUUUCGCCGGAUAUGAGAGGGAAAGAAAUAUUUUCGGCUAUGGAGUUGUAUUUUCCUAUUACCCAAUCCGAUUUGAAGAUAAUAUUUGAAGAACGUACGCUUAAAUACGGCGCGGCAGCUUGGCCGUUUUUGUGUAUGUUGCUUGAUAAACACGAAGUAGAUGCUUUCCCCAUACACUUUAAACAGUUUAUAUUAGAAAUUGAUGACAUGAGUUUUUAUUUAAAACCUGAAGCUAUUUAUAUAAUUCAAACGAUUCAUAAAGUGUUUAUGUCAAAAAUGAAAAAGAACAUUUCAUCUGAAGAUAAAUCUCUAGCAGUACAAAUUUUCACAACGUUUUCAAAUCAUGUCAUGAAAUGCAUCGUCCCUUCGAAAUUAGCGAACGACGUUUCGGCGUUAUUGGCGUCUUUAUGCGAUGUGUUUGAUACUAAAUGCCCGGUAUUAACACAAUGGAUCAAAUCUUGCUACGAUGAAGUCAUGCACAAUUUGGAUCAAGAAAAUAUUCCUAUUAUCACCCGAAAAAUCGCUUAUUUAGCACACUUUUUAAUCCCGUUUAAGUUGGAAAUUCCCGAAAUUGAUGCGGAGAAAAUCAAAACAAUCUUGAAGUUUCCCUCCGACAUAAACAAUUUCGUUUUGGCCAAGUUAAUAUUGUUUUAUGGCAGAUAUUGUUUGAAGUGUAACUAUGAAAUUGGGACAUUUUUGGUGAUUAUAGAAGAUUUUUUGAUGCAUGAUGACCCCGAAAUUCAAAUAGUUACCUUGGCGACUUUUUAUGAUAUAUCAAAAUUGCGCUUAGAAGAUUUUAGUUCGCUUAGUUCAAAACUUAUGAAGUUAAUAACAUCGAAAAAUGUGGCAGUACAAGAUGCAACGUUGAAAUUAUUCAUGGAACUUCUCACGUCAAAUCGUAUUCGGUUAAACAAUGAAGAAGCGAUAAUAUUUUUGUUGGCUCUUGUUGAAAAAAAUCUCAACGUAGAUAUUUUUUUAAAAGACUCCGUUGAAAAAGAACUUCUAACUAAAAGUGAAGGGAUGAUUAAGCGUUGUUUCAUUCAUCUCAUAUUUUACUUAAACAACUUUCGCGAUAACAAAUACGAAGUUAAUCUACGUUUAGAAACGACGUAUUCUUAUGAAAAGCGCAGUUUGAUUUAUCGCUAUCUUUUCGGCAGCUUGCAACGUCAAGAUCAACUUAAUAUUUUAUUUAAUUUAGCCAGAGAUUUCAACGUGGACAAGUCAUUUGAAGUUUUACGCGACAUCGUCACGUUGGCAUCAUAUUUCGGAAUGGAAAAUUCGAAAAAAGUCUUGGAAACCAAAGAAUUUUAUGAAACAUAUAGGGAAAAAUUGGAAGAUCUUACAAAAAUAAAGUGCCAAAAUGAUCCAAUUCAAAUCGAAUUCAAUUUGCACAUAGCCACGGUACUUCAAUUCCUUUUAAAAGCACUUUUAAAAAUCGAAAAAGCAAACAAAGAAAUGUUACCGGAAAUCUACAACGCAAUAGCUUUAUUAACCAUCGCUUAUUAUAAAAACGUUACUACCAUAGUUAACGAAAAUUUUAAAAUGAGGAAUUUAUUUUGCGUUUAUAACAGUUUGUUUGAUAAAUAUCAAGAUGUUAUUUUAAAUGAAUUAAUUAGUAGUAAAAUAAUGGUUGAUCGAAGAGAUUGGGAUCAUUAUAUACAGUUAGAUUUAUGACGAAGUGAUUUAGUUAUUAUUGAAUUAUUUUUUUAA